CUUCCCCUCCUCUGACUUAUGGUCUUUAAACACUUUAUUGAUUUUCAUAAACUAGCCGUAUCUAAAAGAUUAAAUGAUUAGAGCGUAAUAAAUCCCAUGUGCUGGUGCACCACGCGACCGGAGGCACGUUAUACCAAGGAAAGGCCUUGUACCAGUGCACUGAAUUUAUCAAACGCGCUCUGCCAGAAGAACGGUGCUUUUGUGGACCUUCAGGCGAUCCAUACAUCUGCUACUCGCGCAGCGGGGCCAACUUCAACAUUCACGCGUCUGUACGCUGACACGAGUCAAAAUGCGUUUACCUCGGUUUAUCAUCUGUCUGGUACUGACUGUGUGGUGUGCGGAGGGCAGCGAUGUGCUCGAGCUCGGAGACUCUGACUUUGACCGGAGCGCAGCCAUGCAUGAGACUCUGCUGGUGGAGUUCUUCGCACCUUGGUGUGGUCAUUGUCAGCGGCUUGCUCCGGAAUAUGAGGCUGCUGCCACAAAGCUGAAAGGGACACUGCCUCUGGCAAAGGUUGACUGCACCGUGAACUCAGAGACAUGUGAGCGUUUUGGAGUGAAUGGGUAUCCCACCCUUAAAAUCUUCCGCAAUGGAGAGGAAGCUGGAUCUUAUGAUGGCCCCAGAAUAGCAGAUGGCAUUGUGAGCUACAUGAAAAAACAAGCAGGUCCAAGUUCUGUGUCUCUGCUCAGUGAGGCGGAUUUGGAUUCUUUUGUCGACAACUAUGAGGCCAGUGUGGUGGGCUUCUUCUCUGGGGAAGACAGUACACAGCUUGCAGAGUUUCUGAAGGUCUCCAGUGCCCUGAGGGACAGCUAUCGAUUUGCUCAUUCCACUGAUGUGGGAACAGGCCUGAAAUACGGUGUAGAUGGAGAGUGUGUUCUGCUGUUUCGUCCCCCUCGUUUAAACGGCAAGUUUGAGGAAAAUGUGGUGAAAUACACAGAAUCCAUUUCUUAUUCCUCUCUCCGUACAUUCAUCAGAGACAAUGUAUUUGGUCUCUGUCCACAUUUGACCACAGAAAAUAGGGACAUUCUGAGAGGAAGUGAUCUGCUUACAUCAUAUUACAUUGUAGAUUACUUACGAAAUCUCAAAGGCACAAACUACUGGAGGAACAGAAUAAUGAAGGUGGCAACACAGUUCCAGGAUCGAGGUCUGAGUUUUGCUGUGGCAGAUCGACAGGAGUUCCAGGAUGAGCUUGAGGAGGAGUUUGGUUUGGGUUCCUCUGAGGGAGGAGACAUUCCCCUCGUCACAAUCCGGACGAGAGAGGGACACAAGUAUUCCAUGCAGGAAGAAUUCACACGAGAUGGCAAGUCCUUGGAGAGGUUCCUGGAGGAUUACUUUGCUAAAAGAUUGAAGCGAUAUGUGAAAUCUGAGCCUGUUCCAGAGUCCAAUGAUGACCCUGUCAAGGUUGUUGUUGCUGACACAUUUGACGAGAUUGUGAAUGAUCCAGAGAAGGAUGUGUUGGUUGAAUUUUAUGCUCCCUGGUGCGGCCAUUGCAAGAACCUGGAGCCCGUAUACAAGGAGCUUGGAGAAAAGCUUUCUGGGGACCCCAACAUUGUAAUUGCUAAAAUGGACGCCACUGCUAAUGAUGUGCCCCCAAAUUAUGAUGUCCAAGGAUUUCCAACCAUUUACUUUGUGCCUUCUGGACAAAAAGACCAGCCACAGCGAUAUGAGGGUGGUCGUGAGGUUAGUGACUUCAUCAUCUUCCUGAAGAAAGAGGCCACAAAUCCGCUCAUCUUAGACGAAUCAAGGGAUGAACUGUAAACAAACAAUAAGAUGCUGAAUUUUACAGGUGGAGAAAUGCACAAACCCACUUCAGCCAAAUGUUACUCGCAGCUGUUCAUGACAUCAAUCGGGAUCAUCGAAGCACAUGAUAAAAUGCAUCACUUGUAAAAUGUUAGUCAAUACACUACUGGACACAUGAUAAGGAAUGUAGUUUAUAGUUAAAAUACUGUUUUUACAUCAGUUAUUCAAAAAUCUGCUGCCAAGUUGCCUCCGUUUUCUUUUAUUCUCUGUCUUUUAUAACAAAAUGCACUGCAUAUGUGAAAUAUGUUAAUUUCCUGUCUCUUUAUUUAAAUGUUUAUAGGUCACUUAUCAUAAACAUGUUACUGUAGCAUCCUAAAGUGUUCCACUGACUGAAUGCUUUUAAGUUAAGAAGUUUGUACCUAACUCCUUACUGCUGGCUUAGUUUACAAAAUGUUGAAAUUUGUUACUGCAUUGGUGCAUUAGUUACACAAUCUCUUCAUAGUCCAUUCAGAUGCCACUAUAAAAACUUUGUUUCAAGUCUACAGGAUGUGUUAGAGAUUCUGUAAGCAGUUGAUGACUGCAAUAACAGUCUUAUGAAAAGAAUUGGGGUACCUCUACUACCUCCUAAUGUCUGUCAUGUCAAAUCAAACAUCUGUAAGGGUCUUGGAUCGCGUCCUCCAUCCAUACAUGUGAGGAUGUGAGACGUUAACAUCUGCUCCUAGGCUAGAAAUCUUUUAGAAGUUUGACACUUCUUGAACUGUUUAUGUCAUCAAAAAAUGGUGUUUUGUGUUUGCUGUCAUAAUAAAGAAAUGGACAGACA